AACCAAUUUGGAUAUGAAAAAUAGAAAGUGGGGGUAGGUCUGUUAUUGCUUAACAAAUAAAUGUUGUAUGAUAAUUAGAAAAAAAUUGAUUGAGAAAGUGAUUUUAGGGUUUCAAAAAUUAAAAGCUUGUGUCAAAAUGGGUACUGUAGAAUAUGGUUUUCCGAUGAUCGGAGGAUUGAUGCCACAAAUUCAAGCUCUAAUAGCACCACCUGUAUCAGAAGAUUCAAAAACAGCCAAAAGUAAAAAGGACAAGGAAGAGAAGAAGCAUCCAUACUUUAAAAGACGAGGACGAGGUCAUAAUCGUGAUAUUUGCGAUGCCUGUAGAGAUGGGGGAGAACUUAUAUGCUGUGACAAAUGUCCUGCGUCAUAUCAUUUGCAAUGCCAUUAUCCAGCAGUGGAUCCAGCAGAUAUACCUAAUGGAGAAUGGUUAUGUCAUGCUUGUCGUUGUGCAUCAAAAAGAAAUCUUCUGGAUAGCAAAGGAAAUGAAAAAAACAAGAAGAAAUCUGCUCUUGAGGUACUAGCAUUAGCAGCAUCCCUAGUUAAUCCCAGAGAGUUUGAAUUACCUAAAGAGUUACAAUUACCAAUAAUGUUUCCUGGUAGUAAUAAAGUAGACUAUGUUUCUGGUAGAAGAGGAAACAAACAAUGUGGAAAUAAUAAUGUAGGGAAAAGUCAUUGUUUGGACAGCAACUUAAUGGUACCUUUGCCAGCACGUUUGUGUUUUGAAUGUGGACGUAGUUGCAGAAAAGCACCAUUAAUUGCAUGCGAUUACUGUCCAUUGUAUUUUCAUCAAGACUGCUUAGAUCCUCCACUAACUGCUUUUCCUAUUGGUAGAUGGAUGUGUCCUAAUCAUCCAAAUCAUUUCAUAGAUCAGAAUCUGUUAACAUCGUGUAGGGUAACAGAACGUAUAAAACUCUGGGACAAGUAUGCCAAUCAACGUAUAGAUCAACACGCAGUAAAGUUAGCUUUUUUGCGUAAAGCACGUGCAACGAACCCACUCUUUCGGACAAAGGUCAAAUUGGAAGGUCGAACAAGGGUAAAGGUUCCUUGUUCUGUUAAAUUUCAUUAUGAACAUCCACCAGAAUUAGAUCCUGUACAAUUCUAUCAUGAUGCUGUGAUACGACCAGUAGUCAAGAACACUAUAGAACAAGUUGUGGAAAGUAAUGAUAGUAAACCGCCUAAAGUAGAAUGCACAGAUGUAAAGAAAACAGAAGAAUUGAUGGAAGUAGAAAAAGAAGUUGAGAAGAGCAAUGAAAUAAAAGAGGAAAAUAAUCGAGAAGAGACAAGUAAUGAAACUAAAUGUAAAGAGAAAGUAACACAAGAAAAUGUAAAUGAAAAUAGGUGUAUAGACGAUAAUACCGCUGAAUACUAUGCAGAACGUUUUGGUUACGAUGUAAAAGAAGGUGUACAGUUACUUGAAAGACCAGUAUUGGAAGCAUUAGCAUUGCAACGGUUAGAACAAAUAUUAGAUUCAGAUGGAGAAAAUUAUCACACAAUUAAUUGUCACAUGAUGGCUAGAGCUGCAUUAUUUUCUUUGAACCACAAACCUAAACCACCAGCUUUUAUGUUUCAUAAAACACUAACUAUUGGAAGUGGCCCAAACUGCGAUUUAGUUUUGUCCAAUUAUGGUAACUGCAGCUUUACAUCUUCAAAGCAUGCUAUCAUUUUCUUUGAUGAGAGUACAAAACGUUAUGAACUAUUAAACUACAGCGAAUAUGGAACAGUGGUUGAUAAUGUGCUUUAUUCUUGUAACUAUACCGAAGUAGUAAGAGAACAAGUAAAAGAAGAAACUGAUGAGAAAAUACAAUUGAUAAGUAAAGAACAAGAGACGACGGAAGCCGUAAAAGCUAUUAUUAAAGAAAAAGUUUUGCUUUCUCAAGAACAAACAGAAAGAAAGAGAGUAUUAUGUAAAUGUAACUUAACAAAAUACGAAACAAGAAAUACAGAUCACUUAGAAGAGGGCUGGGAAGGGAGUGCUAUUAUUGCUCACGGGUCAACAUUGGCUUUUGGAUGUCUAUUAUUUGUAUUCAAUACGAUAAAUGCACAUUUGGAGCGGUGAAACAUUGCAUUGUAAAUAUUCCUUCAUUUUCAUGUACAGAUAUUUUCAUAAGCUAACAAUAAUUAAAUUAAUGAAACUAAUUUUUUAAUUUAAUUUUAUUU